GUUUUGGGACACACUAAUCGAAAGUUUUGGAGUUCAUCGUGCAAACUAUUUUUGUUAAAGGAAAUAUUUCAUUUUAAUUGCAUAUCAUUUUAUCUGUUGGUGUUUAAUGUAUGCUGGAGAAGUUACUAAUAUGUUGGCUAAAGGUGAUUUCUUCCUGGAUGAUACGGGAAAGGAAGAAGAUUUGACGAGAUUUGGCAAUUUCUGGGACAGUCUCAAAUUAUUUCUGCAGAGGGUGCACGAUGAGGGUCAAACAGUGGAAAUCAGCGAGUUGUGGCUCAAGCAGAUCAGCGAUAUCAGCAAAAGUACAGAUAAACAAGAUCAAACGUUCUUCAUUAAGGAUAUCCGAAAUGUGGUGGAAAAAGUUGAAAAGCUGGGAUGUAGCAAAAUGCAGAGUGAUCUGUUCAAUGCCCUCCUUGAGAUUGUUCUACGUUACACCAGUAGUCCGUAUGAGUGUGUCCGAUCGAUGGCAAUUAGUUUACUGCUUGAACUACAAACAUCACCGGCCUUCUGUCAAAAUGACUUUAUUGACAUCAUUAAGAAGCUCAUUGAAUCAGACAGCACUGAGGAAUUUCAGCUACUUCAGAUUAUGUACACGUUAGCACCUAUAAUUGGCGGCAAUAAUACAAUAAAAUACCUAUGGCCGACAUUUCUGCGAAUGACAAAAGGUUCAUCGCAUCCGUGCAUCGUGAGGCAGGCCCUUGUCCGAACUCUGGGGAUGUUUUGCCGUAUUCUUGGUUCAGAAUGGACGGAAGUCCGAUUGUGGCCAAUCUACAUGAAAUUGUCCAAAGAUACCAGCUGGCGUGUACGUCAGCAAUGUGCUAGAAUCCUGCCAAUAGUUAGUUUAUUCUCCACACCACGGGAUAGGAAUGACCGUGUUGCGCCACUUAUAAAGAGAUUCCUUCGUGAUCCCAAUCGCUAUGUCUUCCUUGUGGCAAGUGAUAUGCUGGGAAUUUACUUGGCAACAUUUGCAGCACCGCGUAUCCUUACAGUGCACGUAAAUUCCAAGAUGGAACUCACACUUCCCAAUCCGGCUGAUGAGGACUUCAAGGAUUGCCUACAGAAGGAGUCUGAACGUGAAAAAUUUGCCAGCUACGAAGAAAUGUUUACGGAGACUCUGGAUAGGCGUUCAUAUAGUGCCCCAGUGGGUUCACAGCGCUACGCCAGCUACCAAGAGAUUAUCUAUCCACUCGAUGUGGGUGGUCGGGUACUGGAGAAGUACAUUAGGUUGUCGAAUCUUCCGGUUAAGUUGCACCUUGCGGGUAGUGAUGAGGCACACAGACGACGUGAACUGGAGGAUUUUUUCAACAAUAUGAGCUUUGAUUGCUGGAUAAUGGACUUUAAGAAUAUCAUAAGUGAUAGAAUAAAAUUUGAGGAGGGAAAUCUCUCGGAAUUCUUCCCAUAUCGUCCAUCGAGGGAUGAACAGGGUGCUGAUGAUGAUCCAAGUGAGCAAAGGAGAAAUCUUCCAAUUCCACUUCCAGCUCCACCUCCAAAGAACCCCUUGUUGCCAGAGGAGGAGGAGGAUGAUGAUGAUAGUGAUGAGGAAUCGAGUACGGAGAUGGAGGAACUUCUGCGGGAUCUACAAGAGGAGGCACCACAGCUGUGGCAGAAGCUGGCAGAUGCGCAUUCGGAGAGGAAGCAAGCAAGGAAGGCUGCAAGGUUUGAAGCGGAAAAUCAACCAAUGCACCCACCACCAGCGGAUUUGGAUGAUGAGAAAGAGGAGGAUGUACAAGUGCAAGAUUUUCUAAUAGCCGAAUCAACGCCUGUUGCAAGUAUUGCACCAAUGCAGGCGGGUAGUUCGUGUCAAGAAGCGGCGACAGAUGUUGAAUCUGCUGGUUGUGCAACUUCCGAUGAUUCCCAAAGGGCUGCAGAGGUCCGUGCAAGGAUGGAUCCAAUGGUGCGCGAUCGAAGGAUGCAACGACGACUGAAGCGUGACACACCGGAUGAACUAACUGAGAUUGUAAACAAGGCAAUUGAGAAUAAUAACAAGCGUAAGAUGAAGCUACAGGUGGAACAAGAGUGGAAGGAGGCCAAAGAGAGUACAAUGGAGGAUUUCCCAGAACCACCGCAGACAGCUUCCAUUGAGAAUGCUCCGAGUGAAAUGACAUUUCCAACAGCUGCUUUUGGGAAACGUGCCACCUUUGCGGAGGUUCUCUCACGUGGUACAACCGAUGCGGAUAGCAAUGAGAAUGUCGUGGCGGACUUCAAUGAUAACCCAUCGUGUGGUGAGAGUUGCGUUGUACUCGAUUCCACGGAGGAGUCCGUGAUGUUUCGCAAAAAUAUUUCGGAAGCUUGCGUCCGGAAGACACUUCUUGUGCGUUCGAAUGCAAUGUGUCUGUCAACAUCGACGGAUUCCAAUGAGAAUUGGUGCUGUGAGCGUCUGUGUGAGAUGAAGAUCACGGAUGAUGAUGAGGAUGAUGCGAAGGAGUUUAAUUCGCACAAUUUUUGGUACAUUGCCCCCGAGACGGUGACAAUUGAUGAGAUUUCCAUAAGUAGCAGCGAUAAGUCCGAAAGAUCUUCCGUGCCUUCGCCAGCCUUCGAUGAUACAUCCAUGGCAUCCCUACCGAUGCACAAUUUAUCCGAAAGUCCCGAUGAUUCGGGGUAUAGGGAGAUGGAUUUGGAGAAGACACGAUCUCACAUGACUGAUGGCUACAUUGAUCCAGCACUCCUGAAACAGGAUAUUCUUCCGCCCGAUCUACUUCAGAGUUUCAUCACAAAGGCCAAUUCCGAUGAGACUGAUGUGUCAAUUGCCUGUGCCUAUUCAUUUCCGGCUGUGGCCCUAACAUUGGGCAGACAAAAUUGGCAUCUCCUGCAUCGUACACUGCAGAAAUUGUGCGCCAACCAGAAGGCAUGUCAUGUGGUGAUCAAUUCCUUCUAUCACAUUGCCCUAAUUGUGGGACGUGAGAAUGCAACAAAUCACCUCUUACCCCUCUAUUUGCGCUUCUUCGACAAUGUCACACGUAUCCGUCGCGAAGCACUGAAGAUUGUGCACAACUUCCUGUCCACGGUGGAUGAGACACGGCAUGUGGAUGUCAUUGCGAAGCUUCCCAUCUGCCUGGCGGACUUUCAUCGGGCAAAUGAGACAAAGUACCACGUGCGGGAGAGCUUCAUUAAUGUUGUGUUGUCACUGAUGCAAAUGUACGAUCGCAAUGAUGCGCCCGUUGAGUGUGUUAACUACCUCACGGCGUACGCACUGGCAAUGCUCGUGGAUAAGGUGCAUCGUGUUCGUGAGUUGGCACUUGAGGCGCUCGUCGUGAGGGUACGCACAUGCCACGAGCGGGACUUUGCGAAUCUCCUCCAAGCAAUCACGGAGGAGUGUGGUGAGAGCGGUCACUGGAGGAAUCGUCAAACAUUCGUACGCCUCGUCCAUCGAUGGGUUGAGGAGGAUUUCAUCGAUAUGAGGGUCUUUGUGCGAGACAUCCUUCCACGUCUUUUGAUCCUGUCCACCGAUCGAGUUCCCAAUGUUCGUCUCGUUGUUGGACGAUGCCUCUUCAAGACUGUUCUCAAUCAUCCGCAUUUCACAAAGGCUUCGAUGGAAGAGGAAAAGACGCGCAUCCAGGAGGUGAUUGGACGUCUUGUUUGCGAUUCCGAUGUGGAUGUGCGUGAGUCAUGUGGGGGCGCUCUGAGGCACUUCCAGGAGAGCCUUCAGUAUUGGGAUGAAGUGAAGGAGGGUCGUAGCGAUAAGGGCUUCCAGGAGCGCCUUGUAGCGGCAGAGCAGGGUACACAGGAAGCGCAGGAUGAAGAGGAGGAGGACUCAAAGACUGUGGCGGGACUUGGGGAAGGUGGUGAUGAUGAGGGAGAAGAGCAACAACAACAACAACAAGGAGGGGGUGGUGUGAUGGUGGUUGUGGAGGCUCCGCCUGAAGAUCAAGUAUCGUCCUCCUGAGGACAACCACAAUUAACAUCCUUCGUCGACACGCCGUGUGUUCGAUUAUUUUCUUUUCCGUCUCGAUGGGAUCUUCUUGGUCAAUGCACUUUCACCCUCCCUCCCCCACUUCUCUAGAUUAAAAUACAAAAAAUAUAUAUUUUCUCUUUUUUUUUAAACAAUCAAUUUUAUAUAGAAUGUGUAAAUUUGUGAAAUAGAGAGCGAGCACUUUGCAAGAGAGAGCGAGAGAGAGAAAGAGAGAAUAUUUUCUAAAACAAAAAAAAAACAAGAAUUAGUGAAAAAAUAUGCAUACUCAUAUACCAACAUUUUAUGACUUUAGUUUGUUUUAAAAUUGGUCAAAUGUGAAAUGUAGAAUCAAAUUUUUUUUCUCUUCAAUUUUUAAUUGCAAAUUAUUUUGAGUUAUGAAAUGAAAUGAAAAAAAAAAAAAUUAGGAAAAAGUGAUCUUAAAAGCAAAAACGAGAGAAAAAUAAAUUCAAGAGGUUUUUUGUAGUAAAAAAAAUAAAAUAAAAGAAAGGAAAAAAUGACAAAGUGGGUUAAUAAAAAAAAAUGCAAUAAAAAUCAAAAAAAAAAGAUGCAGAAGGUGAGAAAAUAAUGGUGAGAAAAAAUGUCUGUUUUCGCGUACAAAGACUGAAAGCCAAGAAUUUUCUUAAAAACUGUAUACAAUGUGACGAUCGAAACAAAAAACAAA